UGUUAAACAACAACCGCCACAAGCCAUGACACAACUAAGGUUCUCUCCGCUACCAGGUUCGCCUGACUUAGCGCGGCUCGUUCAAGAUCGCGUCGAGAAGGUACAGCAGGGGUUUCCAGCCUUGUGCCCAAGCACACUUGAGGACUUCCAGGUCCUAGCAGAUAAGAUCUCUACAAUCGCCCAGGCGUGUCAAACAGUCGCAAAGAGACUAGAAGCGCAAGGCAGCAGACACGACGCAGCAACAGCAGUCAAGCAGGUUAAGAACGACCUUGACUGGGCCGAGUUCUUAGAGGAGGUUAGGGUUAACCCGGUUCCUAUCAAGCGCACUCUGCUUUUCCGCGCGCAUCGGCACACAGCCAGGGACCAGCCUGGGGCAUACAACGCACGGACGCAAGAUGUGGUCUUCGACGACCACUACCGGCAGGCGAAGUCGGUGAACGACUUUGUGCUCUCUCUUGGAAACCAUUUGGGCAAGACACAGAGACAGACAAAGACAGGAAGACGGCUAAGAACGAAGUUCACUUCAACAAGUUCAAGAUUGAACUGGACCCUCCAUCUAACAGGGAAGAAGUCGCGAGAGCAACACGAGCAAGGAGAAACAGGUCAUGUUAGCUUCGUGAUCUUUGAUCUGCAGGUACUGAGCGAAACACCAAACGUCGCUGUGUUUCGAGUCGCAGACGUGCUUGACUUUCUCCAGAAAAGUGAAAAGUCAAGCCUCAUUCCAGAGGAAUACCAGCGAUGGGCAAGAAAUUGCGAUGAGUACGUCAUUAUGGGGCGAGGCAUUGAGAACGCUGUUCUGCAGACUGUGCCAUGGUCAGAGCUUCGAGUGACCCCAAUCCUCAAUCAGCAUUUUCACAGCGCAUACACACUAAAACUAUACGAGCGAUUCAGGGAUAACGCUGUUGACAGACGUAUUGAAACAGGGUUUGAGCAAGUGUGCAAGAUGGUAGUGGAGUCUGCUAAGGCAGUGGCGGGUCACAAGGCAAAUGAUGCGGCAUUGGUACAGCUGUUGGUUUUGUUGAUCCUGAAGCCCGGAACAUGGUUUUGGGGCAUCAACACGAGCAGCGGACAAGAAGAGAUCAGAGAUGGAUGCAAGAUAGUUAUAGAGGAUGAGCUAGUAGUAAGGAUGAGUCAGGUAUCAGUAGAUUAGCAAUGGUUCGCUCUCUGUCAAAUGCUCAAGGAAAUGAGAAAAGUAUCAUAGAAGGAAGGUGUAACGUAAAUACUAAGCGA